AUGAUUUCCCGGGACGUGGGAAAAGCCGUCGAUCUCGCCAAUGAGACAUCCUCCAAAGAGUCGCUCAGUUUUUGCCUCGAUCAAGCUGUAAUCUCGUUGGAAGAAGAAGCAUAUUUAAAAACUCUUCGACAAAGCCUCGAGUCCGGGCCGGCUAACACUGACAUCGAGAAAUGGGAUAGGAUUUGGAGGAAGCUUUUUCCUGCAACUUCGGUGAAUAGAUUCGAACUCGCUAAGAUAGCCGAUCCACCAUUUUACGAUUUCGGAGACUCUUCCCGGUCCAUUUUCGACGAAGCUGAGCCUAUCAAGUCUGGAGGAUGGUCGCAGGUAUCUCGAGUCACAAUCCACCUGGCUCGUAUGCAUGGCUAUGGAGAUGGAGAGGGCGGAAAAGCUACGUUCGCUGUAAAGAAGAUAUACAGCGGAAAUUAUCAGCAGUACGCACGCGAGCGAGACGCUUUGCAAAGACUGAGUCUUGCACAAAGCCCGCAUCCUCACAUUGUCCCCCUUCUCGCUUCCUACCGAGUGGAAAACAAGUACCACCUGGUCUUUCCGUCGGCUGAUUGCGAUCUCGCCAUGUUCUGGCGGAACCAGCCCAGACCAUCGAUCGACAAACGCACACUUAAAUGGUUUGGUGGCCAGAUGAGAGGACUUGCAGAUGCUUUGUAUACUAUCCAUGGGCAAAACGGCCAAGAAAGAAAGUUGCGUGGAGUCCAUGGUGAUCUUAAGCCAGAGAACAUCCUGUGCUUCGGCUCCAAUGACAGUGAAAGAUGGCCAGUGCUCGCGAUUACGGACUUUGGAUCUUCAUACUUCCUGAUGCCUGAGGAGAAAGAUAUUCCGAAGAGCCUCAAACACACGCCAGCCUAUCGCGCCCCAGAGAUCGAUACCGCAACUUUGGGCGGUAUUACACAGGCCUACGAUGUCUGGAGUCUUGGCUGUAUCUUUGCAGAAGCCAUCGCUUGGUUCUAUAACGGCAAAGCCGGAAUUGCGAAGCUGAUUCAAGCCCGGCUCGACGAAAAAGACAACAGCCCCAAUCGAGAUGCAUUCUUCCAGUUGCAAUACGAUAAGCGGGAUGGCCUCACGGCAAAGCUCAAGCCUGAGGUGCACAGACUACUCAUAUCCCUUCGUGAGAGCUCUCAGUCGUCCUUCUUCAUUGACGAUAUGCUCUAUAUAGUCCUGGAAGGGAUGCUCAAAGUCAACAUGAGCGAGAGAAUGUCAGCUCGGGAGGUCCUCGACGCCUUGACACAGAUGUGCAACAAGUUGGAAAGUGAUCCAGCUUAUUCUGAGCCUCGUGGCACUAUUGAUGUGGAUGUGGAAAUGGUCCACACUCAGCAUGUCAGUCAACGAAGGCUCGAUAACACGGUCGAUGCGAACUAUUAUACCAACACCACAACCCAAAGUCUCAGUGACGCGGCGGCACAGAUUGGCCUGAAGCGUCGUUUUGCCUGCCCUUAUCACAAGGCAGGUAUACUCGUUUCCGUUCACCAUCGAGCUUGUGAAGGCCCAGGAUGGAUGGAUGUAAACAAAGUCAAGGAACACCUCUUCCGCUGCCAUCUCCAGAAGAAGUACAAAGGCAAACAUACCUGCCGGCGAUGUGACACCAGCUUCGAAACAGACGAGCUCCUUCUAGAUCAUCAGCAUCAAGAGACCCCAUGUCCCAAGAGGAAAUCAGAAGCGGUGUACGGCAUGCUGAGUAGAGAGCAAGCCGCUCGACUCCGUUCUCUCAAGAGGAAGUCGUCGAAAGAAAGCGAGGAAGACCGAUGGUUCGAUAUCUACCGGAUCGCGUUUCCUAACUUCAAUCGAAAGCUGGAGAAUAUCUCACCAUAUCACGAAUCCAACAACACCUCCCUCAGUACCAUAAACUCGACGAACUCGAACGGAAUUUCUCAGUACAAAGACUAUCUCCGCAAUCGUGAUGCUGAGGAGUAUGCCGCGAAAUUAGCCGAAAAUGGCAUCAUCAUCACCCUCGAUGCAGCUUCCAAGCUUCUUGAGCUGCAGGUCAAGGAACUUGGGACCUUUGACGAGACGAUGCGAGGACCUGUUCGAGCCUACGAGAUUCCGAUCGAUGCAGGUCAUGAGAAGACCGGAGGCAAUGCCCCCUCCGAUCUCAGUGGUUCAUCUAACCUCAUGGGCCAACUCCACCUUCUGGACAGAUUUGGGGAUGACUAG